UAGCAGAACAGCGGUUUCUGUGGCACGUGUGCCGUACACUUGGGACCCAGAUCCGCGCAUGCUUACGGGGAUCUUUCAAUUGAACUCCCUCAGACUGCAGGUGUUUUGGAAUCCUUUCAGAACGCAAGUUUCCACACAGACUGAUAUGAAAGAAAUAUCCAGAAAAUCUCACACGUUACCAUUUGGUGAAUAUAGUGAAAGAAUUGGUUUCCUCUACUAGUUGAAAGUCUCGGGACAGGGAGUGAAAGCUAGUCAUUUCCCCUGAAACAUCAUGAUGUAUCUCGGAGACGUUUUAUUGUCCAGCUUCAAGAGGAAGAUUUGGGUGCUCAAUACUCUUGUUACAAUGGCAAUGGCGGCGGGAAAUUCUACAAAAACACCAAAAGACAACUCCCAGUUUCUGACGGAUGAGAUGGUGACAGGUCUGUGUAUGGGAUUCGGCUUUAUCAUCGGGCUAAUCACCUUCAUCUGUAUCAUUUGGUGUUUAUGUUGUGGAUCGGGCUGUCGAAAGUCAGACGAGAAAAAGGGGCGCGUUGGCCCCUCUCCCUCACCGGGACGAACGGCCCCUAGCACAAGGUCGACAACUGCGAAUACUUAUUCAACAGGAGAAGGACGCUCUCAAUCAGGAAGAAGCUAAUCUUUGUGAAACCGGAAGUUUCAAACCGGAUGUUUAUGAUGCGCAGGUGCUACAGAUUGUUAAAGGAUGAGAUUUUUAUAAAGUGUUACAAGAAAUAAUAGAAUGGUUUAUGUUUAGUAGGAAGACUUUGUGGUGGACUCAAGUGCUAUAGGGCUGUAAGUUUGUUCAUUGUCGAUGCGCCACAGCGCCUACUUAAGUAUAGGAGAAUGUGAUAAAAUAUGGAAAUAUAUUGACCAACAUGCAUGUAAAUAAACUGUUUAUAUUGUUGGACGAUGGUAAACAUGUAGAACAUACAAUACUUGUGUAAACGUUUCUAUACAAACACCUGACACCCGUGUAUAUUCUGUCACUUGGUUCACCUUUACAACCCCAGUACACACAACACUCUGGGGAUCAACAAGGUGUGUUCAGCUGGUUGAUUGUUCUAUUCACUGCUCUACCAUGAUAUAGUAUUAGCUGAGUUAUUAUAUAGAGAUUGUAAAGAUUACAUGAGAAAUAAUACCUGUAUAUCCAAUGGAAAUAAGAAACAUAAAAUAUUCCAUUAACUACACUUUAAGGAAUAUUACUAUAUCAUUUUGAUAAUGCAUUGAUGCUGAAGGGAUGGAGUAGCUCUGUAGCAAAUAUUUGUCGAAAGUGUAGACGUAUGGAUAUAUUUAUGCUGCAAGAACACAAGUAUGUGGUAAGAAAUAAUGUUGGAAGUAUACAAUAUUGACAAUGAAUACAUUCAUACAUGUAAAUUUAUCUCUGUAUCAUUUUGCACCUUUUGAAUGUUAUUCAAAGCUGUCCCCCCCCCCCUCUCCACAGAUCCAAUUCGCCUACCCCAGCCUUCCCCUCCUCUUGCAUUCGUUAUGAUCAGCAAUAUACAUGUUAUGCAAUGCACCCGUUCUUUGAACCCGAGUUCUCCAGCUCACGCCUCAUGCUACUUAUACCGUCCAUCAUACUUAUGUAGAUCUGUCUAGCUAACGAGUGAAGAAACUUCACCAGAAUCAAACGUGUUAUCAAGUCGCAAUCAAACCCAUAGAUGGUGUUUGUUAGAUACAUUAAUCAUAACAUACAAAUGUAGUCCUACUGUAUUACGUCAUCACUUAAAUAUUUACAAUGUUUUAGUUAAGCAUAGGUUUUAUAGGUUGUAUAGAUUUAAGCUAUUAUUAGGUACUAAAAUUAUAGGUAAAAAAUAGUAUAGGUUAUGUGUAGGUCAUAGGUAUUAUACGUUAUAGAUAUAGGUUAUAUCUAUUAUAAACGCUUUACCUAUCGUAGGUUAGAUUAUAAAGGUAAUGGUAUUCAGUAUGUGUGUGUUACAGGUUUUACAGUGGAAUUCCUACAUGAUAUUGAUUAUAAAUAUGUAUAUAUCAUAAUACAGUAUCAUAGGUUAUUCUUUUAUAUUAAAGUUGCAUUCAGAUGAAUAUAUAUGUUAUC